AUGGCUCGAAAAAGAGCGAAGGAUCCACCCAAGCCGACGGAUCCCGCAGAAGCUGAUGAUGGCGCGGGUUCGACGCCACUUAAGCCGAGACGUCGGCGUACCAUCCUCAUGGUUUCCGAGUUCUUCUACCCCGACAUAGGCGGUAUCGAAACGCACAUCUGCGCAUUGUCAACGGGGCUGAUUGAGCUAGGAUACCGCGUGGUAAUGGUUACGAGGCACUUUGGCGAUCGGCGAGGCGUGAGGUACCUGUCCAAUGGCAUGAAGGUGUACCACAUACCCACCAUCUUCUACAUCAAGCCAUGUGGGAUGCCCGGAUUCUUCGACACCUUCCUGCUUGCGCGCAACAUCUACAUCAGAGAGCAGGUUGACAUCGUGCACGUUCACCAGACCACCUCGCGCUACGCCAGCGAAUUCGUGCACGUGGCAUACAUCAUGGGGCUCAAAACCGUCUUCACGGACCACAGCCUAUUCAGCUUCACCGACCUUGGGCCCAUCACGACUACGGAUUACCUGAAGCACCAGGCCGUGGUGCUCAAUCACACCAUAUGCGUCUCGACCACGCACAAGGAAAACCUGGUUUUGCGAACGCAGAUGGACCCAACCGCCGCAUCCGUCAUCGGCAACGCCAUCGACCCGGACAUAUUCCUGCCCAGUGAAACUAGUAGAAAUGACGGGCGUAUCAUAAUCGUGGUGGUCAGCCGCCUCACCCUCAAGAAGGGCACUGAGCUGCUGACCGACGUCAUACCCAUCGUCUGCAAGCGCCAUGAGAACGUCGACUUCAUCAUCGGUGGGGACGGCCCGCUCUACGCGAGCAUCGUGGAGUGCGUCGACAAGCUGUACCUGCAUAAAAGGGUCACCCUCCUAGGCGCUGUGCCAAACUACAAGGUCAACGCCGUGCUCAAACGGGGUGACAUUUUCCUCAACACAUCGAAGAGCGAGUCGUUCUGCAUUGCCAUUCUAGAAGCAGUUUCGUCCGGGCUUUUGUGCGUGUCCACAAACGUGGGAGGGGUGCACGAGAUCCUGCCGCACGACAUGGUGCUGCUGGCCAACUACUCGCCGGAAAGCAUCGCCAAUCGUAUUGAUGAUGCCAUCGAGAUGCUGCCGUCCGUGGACCGGCAGAAACUGCACAGCAGGGUGAGACAGAUGUACUCCUGGGCCAGAGUCGCCGGCGAGGUUUCGCGUGUCUACGAAAAUGUGGUGCGGGAACCCCGGCGUCCCGUGAUUGACGUCAUCAGCAUAUACUGGGAAAUCGACACCAUAUUCAGGGGGUUGCUAAUCGCCAUAAUCAUUUUCUUAUACGCGGAGUGGUGGAUUGCGGAACUCUUGUACCCGAGGGAGGAAAUCGACAUCGCGCCGGACUGGUCAAUACACGGAUCGCAAAUGCGGGAAGAGACCUCAGAAACUAAAGAAUCGUGA